AUGGAUCACGUCGCAGCAGCUUCGCAGGCGGCUCUCCAGCAGCAGGCUCAAGAGAGAAUGAAGCGGAAGCUCGAUGAAGUCAACUCAACAAUUCAAGCGCAGCUCCACCCCGUCACUGACCAUAUCAAUUUCACACUCCAGCAAGCGUACUUCAAGUGCGCGUACGAAUGCUUUGAUAGGAAGAGGAAGCAGGAAGAGAUAGCGAGCUGUAUUGAGAAUUGCUCCGUGCCGGAGAGGAUGAGGCGGUCUUUUAUGGUUUGCCAGGAUAAGUACGAAGCAGCUAUGCUCCAAACAGCUGGACCAGACGCCAUGAACACCCUGGAGUCUUGUGUCGAUGGAGCAGUCAAAGAUAAUGCAAGCUUGAUUCCACACAUUGUCAGAAAGUUGAAAACAUCGAUCUAG